AUGGUUUUCCCAUCUUUUGAAAAAUGUGAUCUUUCAUUUACUGCAUCACUUCCAUACUCUGCGACUACGACUUCAUCAUCUACUUCAACUAGCACUUCAACAACUACUUCAACAAGUUCUUCGUCAUCUACAUUGUUGACAACUAGUACUUCAUGGCAAGUUGCUUCAUGGUAUAGUGGAAUUGGUGAUUAUACUGGUUAUGAAAGUUCAGUCCCAACUGCUUCGUGGCAAUGUGAAAAUUAUUGUCAACUUUUGAUAAGCGUAAUUACUUCUAAUACCGAUAGUUCCAAACUUUGUUCUCAAUUAUCAAGCUUUUCACCUCAGAUUACAUCGAACUGUUUGAUUUGUGCUUCACAAUUUUAUACCACUUACCAAUUGCUUUCAAAUAUGGUUUUCCCAUCUUUUGAAAAAUGUGAUCUUUCAUUUACUGCAUCACUUCCAUACUCUGCGACCACAACUUCAUCAUCUGCCAUUACUACGUCAUCAUUACCUUUACUUAGUUACUCUCUGUUUCUCGAUUCUUUAUCUGUUUAUUCUUCAUCUGUUGAUUCUUCUUCUCAAGUUUCUUCAUCUGAUGAUUCCUCGUCUGAUGAUUCUUCAUCUGAUGAUUCCUCGUCUGAUGAUUCUUCUUCUGAUGAUUCUGCAUCAAUAGAAUCUUCCUCUAGUGAAUUUUCAUUCAUUGAUUCUUCAUCUGUUGAUUCAUCAUCUGUUGAUUCAGCAUUUGUUGAUUCAUCAUCUAUUGAUUCCUCUUCUGAAGUUUCUUCCUCUGAUGAUUCAUCAUCUGUUGAUUCCUCUUCUGAAGUUUCUUCCUAUGAUGAUUCUACAUCUGAUGAUUCCUCAUCUGUUGAUUCUUCAUCAGUUGUUUCAUCAUCUGUUGAUUCUUCUUCUCAAGUUUCUUCCUCUGAUGAUUCCUCCUCUGAUGAUUCUUCAUCUAUAGAAUCUUCUUCUAGUGAAUCUUCAUCUGUUGAUUCAUCAUCUGUUGAUUCUUCUUCCCAAUUUUCUUCUUCUGAUGAUUCAUCAUCUGUUGAUUCUUCUUCUCAAGUUUCUUCCUCUGAUAAUUCCUCCUCUGAUGAUUCUUCAUCUAUAGAAUCUUCUUCUAGUGAAUCUUCAUCUGUUGAUUCAUCAUCUGUUGAUUCAUCAUCGGUUGAUUCAUCAUCUAUUGAUUCAUCAUCUGUUGAUUCUUCUUCUCAAGUUUCUUCCUCUGAUAAUUCCUCCUCUGAUGAUUCUACAUCUAUUGAUUCUUCAUCUCUUGAUUCUUCAUCUGUCGAUUCAUCAUCUGUUGAUUCCUCUUCUGAAGUUUCUUCCUCUAAUGAUUCCUCCUCUGAUGAUUCUUCAUCUAUUGAUUCCUCAUCUGUUGAUUCUUCAUCAGUUGUUUCAUCAUCUGUUGAUUCUUCUUCUCAAGUUUCUUCGUCUGAUGAUUCCUCUUCUGAUGAUUCUUCAUCUAUAGAAUCUUCUUCUAGUGAAUCUUCAUCUGUUGAUUCUUCAUCAGUUGAUUCAUCAUCUGUUGAUUCUUCAUCAGUUGAUUCAUCAUCUGUUGAUUCUUCAUCAGUUGAUUCAUCAUCUGUUGAUUCUUCUUCUCAAGUUUCUUCCUCUGAUAAUUCCUCCUCUGAUGAUUCUACAUCUAUUGAUUCUUCAUCUCUUGAUUCUUCAUCUGUCGAUUCAUCAUCUGUUGAUUCCUCUUCUGAAGUUUCUUCCUCUAAUGAUUCCUUCUCUGAUGAUUCUUCAUCUAUUGAUUCCUCAUCUGUUGAUUCUUCAUCAGUUGUUUCAUCAUCUGUUGAUUCUUCUUCUCAAGUUUCUUCGUCUGAUGAUUCCUCUUCUGAUGAUUCUUCAUCUAUAGAAUCUUCUUCUAGUGAAUCUUCAUCUGUUGAUUCAUCAUCUGUUGAUUCUUCUUCCCAAUUUUCUUCUUCUGAUGAUUCCUCGUCUGAUGAUUCUUCAUCUGAUGAUUCAUCAUCUGUCGAUUCCUCAUCUGUUGAUUCUACAUCUAUUGAUUCUUCAUCUGUUGAUUCUUCAUCUGUUAAUUCAUCAUCUGUUGACUCAUCCUCUGUUGAUUCUUCAUCUGUCGAUUCAUCAUCUGUUAAUUCCUCAUCUAUUGAUUUUUCAUCUGUCGAUUCAUCAUCUGCUAAUUCCUCUUCUGAAGUUUCUUCCUCUGAUGAUUCAUCAUCUGUUGAUUCCUCUUCUGAAGUUUCUUCCUAUGAUGAUUCUAAAUCUGAUGAUUCCUCAUCUGUUGAUUCUUCAUCGGUUGUUUCAUCAUCUGUUGAUUCUUCUUCUCAAGUUUCUUCCUCUGAUGAUUCUUCAUCUGUCGAUUCAUCAUCUGUUAAUUCCUCUUCUGAAGUUUCUUCCUCUAAUGAUUCUUCAUCUAUAGAAUCUUCUUCUAGUGAAUCUUCAUCUGUUGAUUCAUCAUCUGUUGAUUCUUCUUCCCAAUUUUCUUUGUCUCAUGAUUCCUCUUCUGAUGAUUCCUCCUCUGAUGAUUCUUCAUCUAUGGAUUCCUCAUCUGUUGAUUCUUCAUCAGUUGAUUCAUCAUCAGUUGAUUCUUCUUCUCAAGUUUCUUCGUCUGAUGAUUCCUCUUCUGAUGAUUCAUCAACUGUUGAUUCAUCAUCUGUUGAUUCAUCAUCAGUUGAUUCAUCAUCCAUUGAUUCCUCAUCUAUUGAUUCCUCAUCUAUUGAUUCUUCAUCUGUCGAUCCAUCAUCUGUUGAUUCCUCUUCUGAAGUUUCUUCCUCUGAUGAUUCAUCAUCUGUUGAUUCCUCUUCUGAAGUUUCUUCCUAUGAUGAUUCUACAUCUGUUGAUUCUUUAUCUGUCGAUUCUUCAUCAGUUGUUUCAUCAUCUGUUGAUUCUUCUUCUCAAGUUUCUUCCUCUGAUAAUUCCUCCUCUGAUGAUUCUACAUCUAUUGAUUCUACAUCUGUUGAUUCUUCAUCUGUCGAUUCAUCAUCUGUUGAUUCCUCUUCUGAAGUUUCUUCCUCUAAUGAUUCCUCCUCUGAUGAUUCUUCAUCUAUGGAUUCCUCAUCUGUUGAUUCUUCAUCAGUUGAUUCAUCAUCAGUUGAUUCUUCUUCUCAAGUUUCUUCCUCUGAUGAUUCCUCCUCUGAUGAUUCUUCAUCAAUUGAUUCUUCAUCUGUUGAUUCAUCAUCUGUUGAUUCAUCAUCUGUUGAUUCCUCAUCUGUUGAUUCCUCAUCUAUUGAUUUUUCAUCUGUCGAUUCAUCAUCUGCUAAUUCCUCUUCUGAAGUUUCUUCCUCUGAUGAUUCAUCAUCUGUUGAUUCCUCUUCUGAAGUUUCUUCCUAUGAUGAUUCUACAUCUGUUGAUUCUUUAUCUGUCGAUUCUUCAUCAGUUGUUUCAUCAUCUGUUGAUUCUUCUUCUCAAGUUUCUUCCUCUGAUAAUUUCUCCUCUGAUGAUUCUACAUCUAUUGAUUCUUCAUCUGUUGAUUCUUCAUCUGUCGAUUCAUCAUCUGUUGAUUCCUCUUCUGAAGUUUCUUCCUCUAAUGAUUCCUCCUCUGAUGAUUCUUCAUCUAUAGAAUCUUGUUCUAGUGAAUCUUCAUCUGUUGAUUCUUCAUUAGUUGAUUCAUCAUCGGUUGAUUCUUCUUCUCAAGUUUCUUUGUCUGAUGAUUCCUCUUCUGAUGAUUCAUCAACUGUUGAUUUAUCAUCUGUUGAUUUAUCAUCUGUUGAUUCCUCAUCUGUUGAUUCCUCAUCUGUUGAUUCUUCAUCUGUCGAUUCAUCAUCUGUUAAUUCCUCAUCUAUUGAUUUUUUAUCUGUCGAUUUAUCAUCUGCUAAUUCCUCUUCUGAAGUUUCUUCCUCUGAUGAUUCAUCAUCUGUUGAUUCCUCUUCUGAAGUUUCUUCCUCUGAUGAUUCCUCCUCUGAUGAUUCUACAUCUAUUGAUUCUACAUCUGUUGAUUCAUCAUCUGUUGAUUCUUCUUCUCAAGUUUCUUCCUCUGAUGAUUCUUCAUCUGUCGAUUCAUCAUCUGUUGAUUCCUCUUCUGAAGUUUCUUCCUCUGAUGAUUCCUCCUCUGAUGAUUCUACAUCUAUUGAUUCUUCAUCGGUUGUUUCAUCAUCUGUUGAUUCUUCUUCUCAAGUUUCUUCCUCUGAUGAUUCUUCCACUGAUGAUUCAUCAUCUGUUGAUUCCUCUUCUGAAGUUUCUUCCUCUGAUGAUUCCUCCUCUGAUGAUUCUACAUCUAUUGAUUCUUCAUCGGUUGUUUCAUCAUCUGUUGAUUCUUCUUCUCAAGUUUCUUCCUCUGAUGAUUCUUCCACUGAUGAUUCAUCAUCUGUUAAUUCCUCUUCUGAAGUUUCUUCCUCUAAUGAUUCCUCCUCUGAUGAUUCUUCAUCUAUAGAAUCUUCUUAUAGUGAAUCUUCAUCUGUUGAUUCUUCAUUAGUUGAUUCAUCAUCGGUUGAUUCUUCUUCUCAAGUUUCUUUGUCUGAUGAUUCCUCUUCUGAUGAUUCAUCAACUGUUGAUUCUUCAUCUGUUGAUUUAUCAUCUGUUGAUUCUCCUUCCCAAUUUUCUUUGUCUGAUGAUUCCUCUUCUGAUGAUUCCUCCUCUGAUGAUUCUUCAUCUAUGGAUUCCUCAUCUGUUGAUUCUUCAUCAGUUGAUUCAUCAUCAGUUGAUUCUUCUUCUCAAGUUUCUUCGUCUGAUGAUUCCUCUUCUGAUGAUUCAUCAACUGUUGAUUCAUCAUUUGUUGAUUCAUCAUCAGUUGAUUCAUCAUCCAUUGAUUCCUCAUCUAUUGAUUCCUCAUCUAUUGAUUCAUCAUCUGUCGAUUCAUCAUCUGUUGAUUCCUCUUCUGAAGUUUCUUCCUCUAAUGAUUCCUCCUCUGAUGAUUCUUCAUCGAUUGAUUCCUCAUAUGUUGAUUCUUCAUCUGUUGAUUCAUCAUCUGUUGAUUCUUCUUCUCAAUUUUCUUCGUCUGAUGAUUCCUCCUCUGAUGAUUCUUCAUCAAUUGAUUCUUCAUCUGUUGAUUCUUCAUCUGUCGAUUCAUCAUCUGUUAAUUCCUCAUCUAUUGAUUUUUCAUCUGUCGAUUUACCAUCUGCUAAUUCCUCUUCUGAAGUUUCUUCCUCUGAUGAUUCAUCAUCUGUUGAUUCCUCUUCUGAAGUUUCUUCCUCUGAUGAUUCCUCCUCUGAUGAUUCUACAUCUAUUGAUUCUUUAUCUAUUAAAUCUUCAUCUGUUAAUUCUUCAUCAGAUGAUUCUUUAUCUCAAGUUUCUUCGUCUGAUGAUUCCUCGUCUGAUGAUUCUUCAUCUAUAGAAUCUUCUUCUAGUGAAUCUUCAUCUGUUGAUUCUUCAUUAGUUGAUUCAUCAUCGGUUGAUUCUUCUUCUCAAGUUUCUUUGUCUGAUGAUUCCUCUUCUGAUGAUUCAUCAACUGUUGAUUCAUCAUCUGUUGAUUCUUCUUCCCAAUUUUCUUCUUCUGAUGAUUCCUCGUCUGAUGAUUCUUCAUCUGAUGAUUCAUCAUCUGUCGAUUCCUCAUCUGUUGAUUCAUCAUCGGUUGAUUCUUCAUCUAUUGAUUCAUCAUCUGUUGAUUCUUCUUCUCAAGUUUCUUCCUCUGAUAAUUCCUCCUAUGAUGAUUCUACAUCUGAUGAUUCCUCAUCUGUUGAUUCUUCAUCAGUUGUUUCAUCAUCUGUUGAUUCUUCUUCUCAAGUUUCUUCCUCUGAUGAUUCCUCCUCUGAUGAUUCUUCAUCAGUUGAUACUUCUUCUCAAGUUUCUUCAUCUGAUGAUACCUCAUCAGUUGAAACUUCUUUUAGUGAAUCUUCAACUAUUAAUUCUUCAUAUCAGAAAUCUUAUUCAGCGGAUUCAUCAGUGUCUGAGACUUCAGUCACUAAUGUUCCUGAUACGGGAUCGCGUGGUAAGGCUCCAGUAAUGCCAUCGGAUUCAUGGUAUUCUAUCUCAGUUCAAAUUUCAUCUGAUUAUUCUUCGUUUGAUGAUUCCUCGUCUGAUGAUUCUUCAUCAACUGAUUCUUCAUCUAUUGAAUCUUCAUCUGUGAAUUCUUCAUCUGUUGAUUCUUUAUCUCAAGAUUCUUCGUCCGAUGAUUCCUCGUCUGAUGAUUCUUCAUCUGAUGAUUCUUCAUCUAUAGAAUCUUCUUCUAGUGAAUCUUCAUCUGAUGAUUCUUCAUCUAUAGAAUCUUCUUCUAGUGAAUCUUCAUCUGUUGAUUCAUCAUCUGUUGAUUCAUCAUCGGUUGAUUCAUCAUCUAUUGAUUCAUCAUCUGUUGAUUCUUCUUCUCAAGUUUCUUCCUCUGAUAAUUCCUCCUCUGAUGAUUCUACAUCUAUUGAUUCUUCAUCUCUUGAUUCUUCAUCUGUCGAUUCAUCAUCUGUUGAUUCAUCAUCUGUCGAUUCUUCUUCCCAAUUUUCCUCUUCUGAUGAUUCCUCUUCUGAUGAUUCCUCUUCUGAUGAUUCCUCCUCUGAUGAUUCUUCAUCUAUUGAUUCCUCAUCUGUUGAUUCUUCAUCUGUUGAUUCAUCAUCUGUUGAUUCUUCUUCCCAAUUUUCUUCGUCUGAUGAUUCCUCGUUUGAUGAUUCUUCAUCAAUUAAUUCUUCAUCUGUUGAUUCAUCAUCUGUUGAUUCAUCAUCUGUCGAUUCAUCAUCUGCUAAUUCCUCUUCUGAAGUUUCUUCCUCUGAUGAUUCAUCAUCUGUUGAUUGCUCUUCUGAAGUUUCAUCCUAUGAUGAUUCUACAUCUGAUGAUUCCUCAUCUGUUGAUUCUUCAUCAGUUGUUUUAUCAUCUGUUGAUUCUUCUUCUCAAGUUUCUUCCUCUGAUGAUUCCUUCUCUGAUGAUACCUCAUCAGUUGAAACUUCUUUUAGUGAAUCUUCAACUAUUAAUUCUUCAUAUCAGAAAUCUUAUUCAGCGGAUUCAUCAGUGUCUGAGACUUCAGUCACUAAUGUUCCUGAUACGGGAUCGCGUGGUAAGGCUCCAGUAAUGCCAUCGGAUUCAUGGUAUUCUAUCUCAGUUCAAAUUUCAUCUGAUUAUUCUUCGUUUGAUGAUUCCUCGUCUGAUGAUUCUUCAUCAACUGAUUCUUCAUCUAUUGAAUCUUCAUCUGUGAAUUCUUCAUCAGUUGAUUCUUUAUCUCAAGAUUCUUCGUCCGAUGAUUCCUCGUCUGAUGAUUCUUCAUCUGAUGAUUCUUCAUCUAUAGAAUCUUCUUCUAGUGAAUCUUCAUCUGAUGAUUCUUCAUCUAUAGAAUCUUCUUCUAGUGAAUCUUCAUCUGUUGAUUCAUCAUCUGUUGAUUCAUCAUCGGUUGAUUCAUCAUCUAUUGAUUCAUCAUCUGUUGAUUCUUCUUCUCAAGUUUCUUCCUCUGAUAAUUCCUCCUCUGAUGAUUCUACAUCUAUUGAUUCUUCAUCUCUUGAUUCUUCAUCUGUCGAUUCUUCAACAGUUGAUUCAUCAUCGGUUGAUUCUUCUUCUCAAGUUUCUUCGUCUGAUGAUUCCUCUUCUGAUGAUUCAUCAUCUGUUGAUUCAUCAUCUAUUGAUUCUUCAUCUGUCGAUCCAUCAUCUGUUGAUUCCUCUGUUGAAGUUUCUUCCUCUGAUGAUUCAUCAUCUGUUGAUUGCUCUUCUGAAGUUUCUUCUUAUGAUGAUUCUACAUCUGAUGAUUCCUCAUCUGUUGAUUCUUCAUCAGUUGUUUUAUCAUCUGUUGAUUCUUCUUCUCAAGUUUCUUCCUCUGAUGAUUCCUCCUCUGAUGAUUCUUCAUCAGUUGAUACUUCUUCUCAAGUUUCUUCAUCUGAUGAUACCUCAUCAGUUGAAACUUCUUUUAGUGAAUCUUCAACUAUUAAUUCUUCAUAUCAGAAAUCUUAUUCAGCGGAUUCAUCAGUGUCUGAGACUUCAGUCACUAAUGUUCCUGAUACGGGAUCGCGUGGUAAGGCUCCAGUAAUGCCAUCGGAUUCAUGGUAUUCUAUCUCAGUUCAAAUUUCAUCUGAUUAUUCUUCGUUUGAUGAUUCCUCGUCUGAUGAUUCUUCAUCAACUGAUUCUUCAUCUAUUGAAUCUUCAUCUGUGAAUUCUUCAUCAGUUGAUUCUUUAUCUCAAGAUUCUUCGUCCGAUGAUUCCUCGUCUGAUGAUUCUUCAUCUGAUGAUUCUUCAUCUAUAGAAUCUUCUUCUAGUGAAUCUUCAUCUGUUGAUUCAUCAUCUAUUGAUUCUUCAUCUGUUGAUUCUUCAUCUGUCGAUUCAUCAUCUGUUGAUUCCUCUUCUGAAGUUUCUUCCUCUGAUGAUUCCUCCUCUGAUGAUUCUACAUCUAUUGAUUCUUUAUCUAUUAAAUCUUCAUCUGUUAAUUCUUCAUCAGAUGAUUCUUCUUCUCAAGUUUCUUUGUCUGAUGAUUCCUCUUCUGAUGAUUCAUCAACUGUUGAUUCAUCAUCUGUUGAUUCUUCUUCCCAAUUUUCUUCUUCUGAUGAUUCCUCGUCUGAUGAUUCUUCAUCAACUGAUUCUUCAUCUAUUGAAUCUUCAUCUGUGAAUUCUUCAUCAGUUGAUUCUUCAUCUCAAGUUUCUUCGUUUGAUGAUUCCUCGUCUGAUGAUUCUUCAUCUGAUGAUUCUUCAUCUAUAGAAUCUUCUUCAAGUGAAUCUUCAUCUGUUGAUUCAUCAUCUGUCGAUUCAUCAUCUGAUCAUUCUUUAUCUAUUGAUUCUUCAUCUGUUGAUUCUUCAUCUGAUGAUUCUUCUUCUCAAAUUUAUUCGUCUGUUAAUUCUUCAUCUGUUGAUUCAUCAUCUUCUGAUUCAUCAUCUGUUGAUUCUUCAUCUGUUGAUUCAUCAUCUGUUGAUUCCGCAUCUCAUUUUUCUUCAUCUGUUGAUUUUUCAUACAUUGAAUCUAUAUCUGACGAAUUUUCAUCGACUGAUUCUUGGUGUACUGAUUCUUUUUCUGAUGAUUCUACUUCUGAUUAUUCUUCAUCUGAUAAAUCUUCAUAUAUUGAUUCUCCAUUUAUUGAAUCUACAUCUGACGAAUCUUCAUCGACUAAUUCUUUAUGUACUGAUUCUUCUUCAGAUGAUUAUUCAUCUACUGAUUUUAUAUCUGUUGAUUUUUCAUCUUUUGAUUCUUCAUCUGUUGAUUCCUCCUUUGAUUAUUUUUUAUCCAUUGAGUCUUCAUCUGUUAAUUCAUCAUCCGAUGGUUCUUUAUCUUCUGAUUCUCCAUAUACUGAUUAUUCUUCUGAUACUUCCUCUUCUACUGUAUUUUCAUCUCUUGAAUCUUCAUUUACUGAACCUUCUUCUGAUGAUUCUACAUUUGACGAUUCUUCAUCUGCUGGUUACUCCUCUGCUGAUUUAUCAUAUGUUGAUUCAUCAUCUACUGAUUCGUCGUCUGCUGAAUAUAUAUUCUCUGGUUCAUCACAUGCUACAACCUCAUUUGUUGAGUAUUUUUCAACUCAAUUUACUUCCUUUGAUUUAUUAACUACUGAAUCUUCAGCUGCUGAAUCUUCAUACUUUGAUUCUUACUCUACUGAAUUUUCGUCUAUUGCAUCAACAUCUACUGAAUCAUCAUCUGUUGAAUAUUCAUCUUCUUCACCUUCAUCUAUUGAAUCAUCCUUUGCUCAAUCAGAUAUGACAUCAAUUUUUGAGUCAAACUCUCUCAAUCAGUUUUCUUCUGAACACCUUUCUCAGGGAUAUUCAUCUUCUGUGAUUUCAUCUUCUGAUUCUUCCUCGGUUGAUUCUUCCUCGGUUGAUUCUUCCUCGGUUGAUAUUCCAUCAGUCAAGUCUUCAUCUGUUAACUAUUCCAUUGAUGGCUCUUCCUCUCUUUACAUUUUCUCUUCAGAUUCUUCAUUCACCGAAUCUUCCUUUUAUGAGACAUCAUCUGCUCCAUCUUUGCCUGUUCAUUCUUCCCUUGAUAUUCCUUCAUAUUUUCAAUCAUCUUCAGUAUAUUAUACAUCAUCUGAGUCUUUGACUGACUCUACUUUAACUGCUGUGACUACAAAGUCAACAGUAUUCACGACUUUAAGCACUGUCACUCUUACUGAAGCAUGCUCUUAUUGCACUGGCGGUACCACUGAAUUUCUUUCUACCGUCACUGUUUUGGUUUCCACCGAAACUGUUGAAACUGGUAACUCUUUUGAAACAAGUUCGUCUUUGAAUAAUAUUGUUCCAGUUUCUUCUAUUACUAGUAAGUUUAGCGAUACUUCUUAUGAAAGCAUUGAGCCUUCAAAUGUUUCUUCAGUAAAUGUCCCAGAAUUUAGCACAGAGGGAGUUGCUACAGCCGCUGAAGUUCUCGAUUCCACUUUCACCACCAGCAACAUGGAAACUAUGAGUGCGCAAUUUACGAAUUCUCUUUUAACUGUUACGGUAACUGAACCUUGUGAUACCUGUCAUGGAGGAUUUACCACGGUUCUUUCGGUUGAUACUACUACCGUCCCAUGCAGUUCUACUGAUACAGUUUUUGGCACAUAUAUUGACUCUUCUCUGCCUGUUGAAUCUCAAUCUAUUGUGACUGUUAGUGUUGGUUCAGGACCCACUGUUACUUACCAGCCCAUCGAGUCUCUUGCUACUACCAUGACAGUUACUGUUUCUUCGGGCACAGAACUGGUUGAAUCUCUCUCCACUGUGACUAUCCCCACUGGUACAAAUUCUGUUUUCUCUCAGCUUGGUGAAUUCAUUUCAACUGUAACUGUCACUGGUUCAGACAGCAUCUCCACAGCCACUGUGAAGUACUCGGAGUCACUUUCUACUUUUACUAUCACUAAGCCUUGUUCUUCCUGCCAGGGUGGUACUACCACAGUUCUUUCAGUUGUCACUACCACCGUCCUUUGUAGCUCAAUUGAGAGUGCUUCUAAUACUGGCAUUUCUAGAGCUACUGACACUCCAGCUGUUAUUACAGGCACUGUUUUGUCUGGCACAGCUCCAGUUGAAUCUCUCUCUACAGUUACAGUCACUGCUCCUGGAUCCGUUGUCGCUACAUCGCGUUCGGUCGAGUCUAUUGUUACUGUAGCUGUUACUAUUUCUUCUGACACUGCUCUUGUUGAGUCUCCUUUCACUACCGAUACUUCUUCUGCUACUGCUACUGUUACUGUUACUGGUAACUCUCUUUCUGUUGCCACUGUCACAGUUUUAGCAUCUACUGGUACAGUUGGUAUUUAUUCAAAGCAACUCCUUGAGUCAAGCUCAAGUUUGACAUCCAAUGUUCCUUCUCAGUCUGGAAUUUCCCUUUCCCUAGUUACUAUUAGUGAUAUUAAUGAAAUCGCUACUUCUACAGUCCAAUACACUGAGUCUCUUUCAACUAUGACUUUGACUGAGUCUUGCUCGACCUGUGAAGAUGGUACUACAGUUAUUGUUUCUAUUGUUACCACUAUUGUUCCCUGCACCCCAGUUGAGAGUACUUAUGAUACUGAGAAUACCUUGACCACAACCACAUCUGAUGAGAUCACGGUUACUGGUUCUGUUGCUACUUCCCAGUUUACCCCAUCUCUUUUGACUCUUACAGUUACAAACUCGUGUGCCACUUGUCAAGGCGGAGUUUCGACAUAUGUUUCUACUGUCACUUCAAGUACUCCUUACAAUUCUUUGUCAGAUUUUGCUGGUUCUGCUUUAAUAUCUGCAUCCGAGGUGACUAGCUCAGCAAAGAAUGGAAUUUUUACGGAUGUCAAGACUUUUACAACAGUGACAUAUAGUUCUAGUUCUUCGUCACCUGUAGUUGGGGACUCUAAUGUGGAGAGCAAUCUAGAAAAUGCAACAGCCACAACUAUACCAACCAGCUCAGCGGUCUCCGGCCUUUUGGAGGGAGAGUCGUUGUCUGGAAGUGCAUCUACUUCUACGGAGUCAACUGUGGCUUCACAAUCUGCCAGCUUGAACAGCCACAAUUCGGGAUCCAUGAACGGCACGGUUAUACAGACACCUUCCAUUAGUGUUGUGCCUCCUAGUACCGUUACCACGGCUUCUGGGUUCUUGCCACAAUCUAACGGAGCUUCGGCCUGCUCGGUCAAGUUUUUUGCUGCGCUAAUUCCAACUCUGGCGCUUCUUUUGUUAUAA